AUGUCAACGAAUAUAUCCACAACAGGCGUUGUGCCUGUCCUUCACAAGUCAACUAUCCGUGGACCUUGUAUUGAUGAUGACUGGUAAGUAGGUAGCUAGUUACAGUAAAUCAUAAUUUGUAGUGUGUGUAUUACGAUGACUUGAUGUUAAUUUCUCGUCACCUUCUUCAUUGCAGUAAGGUGGAAAUUGGUGUGACAUCUGAUGGGAAGACCAUAGUGUGCUACCAUCCCGCUGAGGAUGUUCCUUAUGAACUUACCCAGGUAAGAAGUUAGAACUUGGAUUUGCUGAUACUGACUGUAACAGAGCUGAUGAGGAAAAGGAACCCCUUUAAUACAGUAAAUACUGCAUUUGCAAACACAAUUAGCCCUGCAGAGAUUGAUCUCCAGUGCCAUCCGUUUUGUCUCCAAAGCCCCAUACACUACCCACCACUGUGACCUGUACGCUCUUGUUGGCUGGUCCUCACUACAGGUCCGUCGUCAAACCCACUGGCUCCAGGCCAUCUAUAAAUCACUGCUAGGCAAAUCCCCGCCUUAUCUUAGCUCAUUGGUCACCAUAGCAGUACCCACCCGUAGUCUGCGCUCCAGCAGGUAUAUCUCACUGGUCAUUCCCAAAGCCAACACCUCCUUUGGCCGCCAUUCCUUCCAGUUCUCUGCUGCCAAUGACUGGAACGAAUUGCAAAAAUCUCUGAAGCUGGAGACUCUUAUCUCCCUCAAUAACUUUAAGCAUCAGUUGUCAGAGCACCUUACCGAUCACUGCACCUGUACACAGCCCAUCUGAAAUUAGCCCACCCAACUACCUCAUCCCUAUAUUGUUAUUUAUUUUGCUCUUUUGCACCCCAGUAUCUCUAUUUGCACAUAAUCUCUUGCACAUCUAGCAUUCCAGUGAUGUCUGUGGAAGGCUGAGAUUUACCUGCCAGCAAUAUACCCCUUUUCUCACCAUGCCGGCUAUUAAAUGGCAAAAUAAGACCUGCGAUUUAGGUAGAAAAACAGCAUAAAUGGUUUUUGAUUGUUAUGGCUUUCUUAUGUAUUUGUGACACUGUAGCCUAUUCCACGGCCAGACCCCCUGACCAAUCCGGCAGAGACGCACGACCAGGUGCUGAAGGCCCACCUCGGCAGGGAGGUGCUGCAGAACAAACAGGCCCCCACCAUCGAGGAGCUCAGCAAAAUGUUUCACACCACCAAGCACCGCUGGUACCCAGUGGGACAGUAAGUACACCUUCUAUGAUUGAAUCACUUUAGUGAUAGUCAGUACUAACUGGGCACCAAAGCAGGGCAAUAGAUAGAAGCCACACCCGUUCCAUAUUAAAUAUUGGUACUGAACUCAGUGGCACUUCCUUAGUAGUAAAGGCCCAGUACAGUCAAAAUGUGAUUUUCCUGUGUUUUAUUUGACAUUGAAGUCAUUUAGCAGACGCUCUUAUCCAGAGCAACUUACAAAUUGGUGCAUUCAAUUUAGGAUAGCCAGUGGGACAACCACUUUUUUUUUUAUGGGGGGGGGGGUAGAAGGAUUACUGUUAUACUAUUCCAGGUAUUCCUUAAAGAGGUAGGGUUUCAAGUGUCUCCCGAAGGUUGUCAGUGACUCCGCUGUCGUGGGGGAGCUUGUUCCACAAUUGGGGUGCCAGAGCAGCGAAUAACUUUGACUGGGCUGAGCGGGAACUGUGCUUCGUAGAGGUAGGGGACUAGCAGGCCAGAGGUGGAUGACGUAGUGCCCUCGUUUGGGUGUAGGGUCUGAUCAGAGCCUGAAGGUAAGGAGGUGCCGUUCCCCUCACAGCUCGGUAGGCAAGCACCAUGGUUUGUAGUAGAUGCAAGCUUCAACUGGAAGCCAGUGGAGUGUGCGGAGAGCGGGGGGACAUGAGAGAAACUGAGAAGGUUGAACACCAGACGGGCUGCAGCGUUCUGGAUAAGUUGUAGGGGUUAAUGGCACAGGCAGGGAUCCCAGCCAACAGCGAGUUGCAGUAAUCCAGACGGGAGAUGACAAGUGCCUGGAUUAGGACCUGUGCCGCUUUCUGUGUAAGGUAGGGUCGUACUCUGCGAAUGUUGUAGAGCAUGAACCUGCAGGAUUGGGUCACUACUUUGAUGUUAGUGGAGAACGACAGGGUGUUGUCCAGGGUCACGCCAAGGUUCCUUGCACUCUGGGAGGAGGACACAAUGGAGUUGUCAACCGUGAUGGCGAGAUCAUGGAGCGGGCAGUCCUUCCCCGGGAGGAAGAGCAGCUCCGUCUUGCCGAGGUUCAGCUUGAGGUGGUUAUCCGACAUCCACACUGAUAUGUCCGCCAGAGAUGCGAUUCGCCACCUGGUUAUCAGAAGGGGGAAAGGAGAAAAUUAAUUGUGUGUAAUCUGCGUACCAAUGAUAGGAGAGACCAUGUGAGGAUAUGACAGAGCCAAGUGACUUGGUGUAUAGAGAGAAUAGGAGAGGGCCUAGAACUGAGCCCUGGGGGACACCAGUGGUGAGAGCACGUGGUGCGGAGACAGAUUCUCGCCACGCCACCUGGUAGGAGCGACCUGUCAGGUAGGAUGCAAUCCAAGAGUGAGCAGUGCCGGAGAUGCCCAACUCGGAGAGGGUGGAGAGGAGCAUCUGAUGGUUCACAGUAUCAAAGGCAGUUAUAUAUUUCCAUGCUGAGGUUGGAAGAAUGCUGUGAAAAUGAUAAUGCCCUUUUAGUGUAAGAGAGCUGUUUGAAAAGGUUGUCUGAAAUUUCAGCCUGUUUUGGUGGUGUGGAGUUUUGGCCUGCUUGGUGACAUCACCAGGCAGUGAAUUAGUUAAUAGACCAAUAUGAAAGAGUUCCAAACGGCUCUGCCAGUAACAGCUAUGCUUCAGUUUUCCCCUCCCCACUCCGACAGUCCUAGCAAAAUUAUUGCUUGAGAAAUUGCUCUUGCUAAAACCAUUUUGAUUGAAAAGAAUCCCAGUAAGGUACUUAAUUGUUACCCAGAAAUGAUUUGAUAUUGAGAUAACAUUUUACAUUUUAGUCAUUUAGCAGACGCUCUUAUCCAGGGCGACUUACAGGAGCAAUUAGGGUUAAGUGCCUUGCUCAAGGGCACAUCGACAGAUUUUUGACAUAGUCGGCUCGGGGAUUAGAACCAGCAACCUUUCGGUUACUGGCACAACGCUCUGAACCACUAAACUACCUGCCGCCCCAAUACAUUGUGCCUUUUAAGUAUCCAAAAUGUACCUUAUGUUGCUAAUUUGUAAUUUAAUGUAAUGCUAAUGUAUUGAGUGAGAAACUUGCAUAAAGUUGGGUACAAUCCUCACUCAGUCUUUUUUAUAUAUUGAAAAUGGUAACUUUUGUUCAAUUUUUUUCUUAGGUACCAUACUCGACGCAGAAAGAGAGAUCCCCCAAAAGACCGAUAGUUGUUAAGGAGUGUCUUCCUUUCAAAAUCAUUGAUACCUUACAGAAUUCUUUGCUUGGCUCACCCCCCAAAUCCCAAACUAUGUUUUUUUGUGCAAUUGUUUGUGCUGUAAAAUAAAAUUAACUAAUCUGAAGUUGCGCACUUAUGUUUUGAAGCAGAUUACCAAAGCUGUAAGUGAAACAUAUAUUUUCCCUAUUUGCUGAAUACCUUUUAUUUCAUGAAAUUCUGGGACAUGGUUAGGAUAUCUGCAUGUUAUUGUGGAGGAAGAAGGAGAGCGCUGCAAUCGGGACUCAACCGUGGCUCCUAGGGUGCAGAGCCGAGCACCAAGCUUCAAAACGUGUACAGAGCACAGGUCCCCCAAUGCCACCAGACCACAGAAGUGAUCCCACUGCUGCCACCAGUGUAGCGGGAGAAAGAAAAAGCUGCAACUGGGACUCGAACUUUGGCUCAUACGGUGCAGAACAAUAUUAUAUUGAUUUUGAUAAUGAUAACUGUCAAUUUUUACGAUCAUUUCAAUUCAGUCCAUGUCUUUCAAAUGUAUGGGAUUCAAAUAAAUGACAAAGAGUACGUUCAUAUUUCUAGUCUUUUCUCUCAGAUUUAGAAAGCACCCACUCUUGGGACAUGUAGUUCGUUAAAUUGAAAUAUGUUAACGCUUAAUCGUUGACCAAAAUACAUUUCCCAGCAUUCACAAUCCCGUUAGAGGCCAACACCAUUCACAGGAAGGCGUGUGCGUCGACGGCGAAGGAGUGAACAUACAUAAAUACUGUAUACAGUAAAACAAGAUGGCAGGACUACCCCGCAGGAUUAUAAAGGUAAUUCAAAAAACCCCAUGCGAUAAAUAGCUCACAAGCCGUAGUUCGGUCCCCGUUGAGUUCAGAAGAAAAACUAGGACUCGGCACGUGGAUUGCCAUGUAUUUGCUAGCUAACUACUUCCGUUAGCUAGGUACUGUAUGUUUCAGGCUCAGCCCCAAAUCAGAGGAACGUUGGGUCAAAUGUAUUACUCUUCCCGCUAAAUAUGGCCCGAUUCUGCUUAAUUGCCUAUUUGUUGAAAUUAAUAAUUUUCUUAGUGUACAUGUAUUGAAAUAACCUUGCUAUGGUCUCUCAAGUUAGCGAUCUGAACACAGUGACACUCGGCUGGCACUGCUAGCUAGCUAACGUUGGCUACAUACAUACAGCUAGCUAAUUUAGCUAGUUAUAAUAAUAUUGAUGGAAUUUACCCCUGGACUCCAGAGUAUGUAUUAUAAACUCUCACAUUUACUUGCUUGGUUUACUGUGUUUGAAAGUGCUUUGGGUAGCAAAGCUAACUUGGCAAUAGUAGAGAAGCCGGUGGUAGUGCAGGUAUUUCUCUCAAACUGUCCAGGCCCAAUGAGCGAGAUGUUGUUGGUCUUGCAGAGUUCUGUGUCAGAAAUGAAUGAGGCGACAUGGGGCAAUAGUUUGUCAUACACAUACCAGGUGGCUGCAAAAACAAAUGUUUGGCAGAAACAUUCAAUUAUCAGCCUACUCAACUAGCCUAACUUACUUUGACAAGACAAACAGUUACAAUGGGUGUUAUAGUGGACAUAGACCUAUCAAUGAGUUCUAUUUGAUAAUAUAUUUAUUUCCAUCAAAAUUACCGUCAUACCAUGAAGAUGUUACAUGUUGGUUCUCACCGGACGUUAUGACUAGGCCUCAGACAUAUUUCACAAAAAAUAGACUUUGCAGCUAGUUCACCUCCAGGCAUGUAUCAUAUGAGCUCUUAGCUGAGGAUCUAAAACACUGGGUGAGUCACCAUUACUUGCUCUUGAAAGAGACAGAGUGAUUGUACAUUGGCCCUAAAAAGUUCUGAAACAAAAUGUCAAACCUGAGCUUGAAUUUGUGGAUGGCUGUCCUUGCAUCAAAACAUAGUUGUCCAAAACCUUGGUUACUAUCGACCCUGACCUGUAGCUCAGUUGGUAGAGCAUGGUGCUUGCAACGCCAGGGUUGUGGUUUCGAUUCCCAUGGGGGGCCAGUAUGAAAAAAUAAAUAAAAUGUAUGCACUCACUAACUGUAUAUCGCUCUGGAUAAGAGUGUCUGCUAAAUGACUAAAAUGUAAAUGACCUGACAUCUGGUUGUUUGUGCUUACCUGUCUCGCUGCAUGUGUGUCACAUUUUUCUUGUCUUCCCGUUUCUGUUUGCAUGUGUUUGUCUGUCUAUCUACCUGCAUGUCUCUAUCUGUAUCUCUGUCCGUGUUCAGGAGACUCAGCGUUUGCUGGCCGAACCCGUUCCUGGAAUAAAGGCAGAGCCUGAUGAGGCGAAUGCACGCUACUUCCAUGUGGUGAUUUCAGGGCCCCAGGACUCCCCUUUCGAAGGAGGCACCUUUAAACUUGAACUCUUUCUGCCAGAAGAAUAUCCCAUGGCAGCUCCCAAAGUGCGAUUCAUGACCAAAAUCUACCAUCCCAAUGUGGACAAGCUGGGUAGGAUAUGCCUAGACAUCUUGAAAGGUGAGUUAUCCAGAUUCACAAUUAUCAUCACUGUCACAGUCAUGUCCUGACUCAAAGUAUGACUCCUUCCUCCACCAUUUUCCUUUUCUCUCACAGAUAAGUGGUCCCCAGCCUUGCAGAUCCGCACAGUGCUGCUAUCAAUCCAAGCAUUAUUAAGCGCUCCUAACCCUGAUGACCCACUUGCAAACGAUGUUGCAGAGCAGUGGAAAUCAAACGAAGCCCAAGCCAUUGAGACAGGUGAGAGAUGGCUCGUGUGUGUCAUGUUCAUGUUUGACGUGAACCCAGUUUAAAUUGUCUCACCCCUUGGCAUUUAAAUUCUAUUGCAUCCUCUGAUCAAGAGUACCCAUCUCUGAAUGUGAACAAAGCCUAGUUUUAAACAAAGGCAGUGAGUGUGAGAAGGAACCAAUGACUUACUGCUCUUGUAGUGUUCUUCACUUCAGCCUCCUAAAGUGCCACUGCAGGUCAAAUCAAUUCAGAGAUGGCAAGACAUUCCUUCAAGAAGAAUGCUAAUACCGGUAGUUAAUGAACCCCCUCUCUGUGCACAUUGCAGCUCGGACAUGGACCAGGCUUUACGCGGGAAACAGCAUUGAGGUAUAGAAGAAAGCAGACGGGCGCUGGAUGUAAACACAACCAAGAUGAUCUCCUUUAUUUGCAUUUAAAGGACACAGUCUUAGACAAAAAACAAGAUAAAAGCAAGCAAAAAAAACAGUAAAGAAUAUAUUUAAAAGAAAACGAGACUACUGCAGACCUCUGGUGAUUUUAUGACACAUAGCAAUGUGUUUUGUCUUUGUCCCUGCUCACCGCUCGAAUGCAUGGACAGAGGCUGAUGCCCAACCACAGCUUUCUGUUUCUCCACUGGGGGGGUGAACGACAAGUCUCGGCCCACCACCGAGGGGUUGCAAACACAGGAAAUCGCCCUGGACCCACAGUCAUAGAACGGGUCAGUUUAGUCAAAGGGCAGUAAACUGGGGGAGUUGGUGACACAGCAACCAGGUACCCACCCAUUUGAGAAAUGUCCACUUGAGGUUAUGCCGCCUAGCCCCUUGUUGAAUUUAGCGUAACCUUUGUUUCCCUCAGACCGUUAACGUGGUGGGUUCGGAAGCCCUGUGUUUGCAAGCCCUUGGCGGAAGCUCAGUUUAGGGAGGUGGGGGUGUCGGUUACGACGUCCUUCUGUGGAGAAAGGUGUUCUUUUCAUUUUCUUUUAAUGUCGAUUUUGUCAAAUGUCUCUCUUUCUCCAAUGAUACUUCAUUAAAAGCACGUACUUAACCAAGCCCAGAACAUGACUGUUCAAACAAGUUUGCUCCGUAUUGAUACUGAGAAGUAUUACUUUUGGGGUGGGGAUGGGGGGAAAUGCACACCCAAUUCUGACAUGAAACAACGAGGCACGAAACAAUAUCAUCGUCACUUCAUUGCUGAGAUCCUCACAGGCUUUUGUGGCUUCUGUACUGCUUUUCUAUGAAAAAUACAUCUGUAAAUGUUAUGUUGUAGUAAAAAUAUUUUUGUUAUGCCAUUUUGUUUGAUCUCUUUCUUGCUAGCACUCUACCUAUAUAUUCUGGUAGGAGGUGUUUAAUAGAUUUUCCCACUCUGUCCUCACCUUUCUCUUUUCCACAAUUCUCUACUGCAAGUGUAUCCACCGUUUACUUCAACCAACAUCCUGAAAGAGGGGAGAGAGUCAUAGAACAUUCUAAUUUAUUUGUUAUAUUUUUCUAAGGGAUUUGGAAUUAAAUAUCAAUUAUGACUCGUCAUCCAAGUGUCUGGCCUUUAGAUUGAGAAUGGCUUCAAUGUCUCUGGUUAGUCCACUCUUCAUGUGAAAAAGGCAAAGAGAAUUGUGUAUUACCGGUGUCUGAAAUGAUAUGAAAAAAAACAACAAUGCAUUUGCAUACGUGGCUCCUGUAAAUAAAAUGAGUUGUGUAAGACUCC